UCACAGACACACCAUCGUUGUAAGUCUUCAUCACCAGAGUCAACGAGCAUCAUGAGGUACAGGGUGGUCACUACUUACCUCAUGUACCUGUUGUUGGUGCCAAGCCUUGCUCAAGAGUUCAGAGCUCGUGUGGUCGGUGGCACAGCGGAGGCGGGACGUCUGGAAAUCUUUUACGAUAGAACUUGGAACACAGUGUGUGAUGACGGUUUUGGACAGAAAGAAGCUUUGGUAGCCUGCAGAAUGUUAGGAUUCAACAGCACAACAGCAGUAGCCGUGGGGUCAGACAAGUACGGAGCAGGCUCUGGUCCUAUUCUGUUCAGUGACCUGCGGUGUGUGGGGCACGAAACCAGCCUGGCGCAGUGUGAAAACCCGGGGCUCUACAGACACGACUGUACACACUGGGAGGAUGUCGGUGUCAUGUGCAACUUUAAGUUAACAGCUCGUGUGGUUGGAGGCACAGUGGAGGCGGGACGUCUGGAAAUCUUGUACGAUGGAGAAUGGAACACAGUGUGUGAUGUAGGUUUUGGACAGAAAGAAGCUUUGGUAGCCUGCAGGAUGUUAGGAUUCAACAGCACAACAGCAGUAGCCGUGGGGUCAGCCAAGUACGGAGCAGGCUCUGGUCCUAUUCUUUUAGAUGAACUGCAGUGUGUGGGGAACGAAACCAGCCUGGAGCAGUGUCAACACCCGGGGCUCUACAGACACAACUGUGAACACUGGCAGGAUGUCGGUGUCGCGUGCAUUACUCAGCAGAUGUCAGCUCGUGUAGUUGGUGGCACAGCAGACGCAGGACGUCUAGAGAUAUUGUACGAUGGAACUUGGAGCACAGUGUGUGACGAUGUAUUUGGACAGAGAGAUGCCUUGGUAGCCUGCAGGAUGCUGGGAUUCAACAGCACAACAGCAGUAGCCGUGGGGUCAGCCAAGUACGGAGCAGGCUCUGGUCCUAUUCUGUUCACUGACCUGCAGUGUGUGGGGAACGAAACCAGCCUGGCGCAGUGUCAAUACUCGGGGCUCUACAGACACGGCUGUAAACACUGGCAGGAUGUCGGCGUCAUGUGCAACAUCACCACACCAAUGACAGUCCGGUUGUAUGGCGGGACGUCUACGGCAGGACGUCUAGAAAUAUCGGUCAACGGAGAAUGGACUUCAGUGUGUGAGGGUGGAUUUGGACAGAGCGAAGUAGAGGUGGCCUGCAGGAUGCUGGGAUUUAACAGCACUGGGCAAUCAUCUAUGAAGUAUCUUCUAGUAAACGAUGGCUCACGAUUUCAAUUUGGAUAUAUAAAGUGUCAACGAAUGGAAACAAAUCUUCAACAAUGCGAGAUUGGACAACUUAACAAAAGCAACUGCCUGGAUGUCGGUAUCAUUUAUGACUUCGAAAACUUAGGUCUGCGACUGACAGGACCUCGCCGUACAGACAGUGACACUGGGCGUGUAGAAGUGGAAAUUGGAAGUAAACAAUUUAGUACAGUGUGUGUAAACAACGAGAAAACUGCCGCAGUCAUCUGCAGACAACUCAAUUUAAUCCCACAGAGAGCUGCACUAAUAGACGGUUUGUUGUUUGGACCAGACAAGAAACCUUUACUUCAAGCUACAUUUGUUUGUAAGGGAACAGAGAGCAGCCUGGAUGACUGUGGGCGAAAUAACACUGCGAAGGACUGUUAUUCCAAUGAUGUUGGCGUCUAUUGCAGCAAAUACAAACGUCUUUUACUAGUUUCGCGGGACGAACGGUAUCCGUUUAUAGAAGGAGCUAACAAAGUUCUAAUGUGCGUGACAUCAAGAACUUAUCAACGGGUCACUGAGUACACAUGGAGAGACACAGCUGGCGGUCGUCCUAAUGGCGAGUUUCUGAUGUUUGACAAUCUGACUAAAGAGUACAAUGGACGUCAAGUGCAAUGCUGCACCAGCUGUCGUGGGAAGGAUUUAAGUAUUGAUGAUAAGAUGCUCAGUGAUGCUCAUGUGCUGAAGGUUUACUAUAAGCCGUUGAUUACAAUAACAUGGACUGAUAACACCGGGGAACAACAACCCUUGUCAAGUCUUUCUGAGUUAAACCCUGGACACAACGUGACCCUGUGGUGUAAAGCUGACAGCAACCCUCCCCCCGCGUCCAUCACGUGGUCAGGAAGAGUGAACAGCACGACUGGGGAGUUACGGAUCCUAGCGGCAGACCACGUGACACACAGCGGUGUGUACACCUGUACCGUCGUCACUCGCACCGUUGAUGAUGACGACAGACUUCCGCUGACCUCAUCUUACAGGCUCAAGCUCAGAGUUCAAGGUUGACAUUUACUUUCAUAGUAUUUCUAAUAAUUAACGCAAAUAUUUAGUUGCAUUGUUCCCAGUCGUACUUUACAAUAUUUUCCUGAAUCCACAUUCAUGACACUUUUUAAAGGCACGAGGAUGUAACACUAACCUGACACAUUGACACAACACGUGUCACAUGAUUGACACAACACGUGAUUUGCGUGCUACUACCAACAGUACGAGUUGCUGCUUUUUAUUAUUUCUCGAGUCACGUGCCCGAUGUUAUUGUACACCUGCUGCGACACACCAACAGAAGGGCGAGUAACAGGUA